AUGGGUCAGAAGAUCUUCUUUGCAGAUGUCAAUCAAACCGCCAAAGAGCAAGGCCAGCGACGACGGACCGAUGACGGCUAUGUCUUCGGCGCUCAUGCGAAAGAUGAUUCCAUCAGGAAAAAAGAUAAAAGAUUGCCAAGAACCAAGGGAAUGUACUCGAUCGGCUUUGAUCUAUGGAUGAAAUUCGCUGAAAAGUAUGGCCUUGAGGGCUACAAACUGGGCCCGGAUUGUGCAACCCCAGACCAUACGGACAUGAAAGAAUUUAUUCGCUGGUACAUCCACAAGACAAAUGGCAGAAAGAGUGAGAAUGGACGCCCGGUGAUGUCGAGUGUCCUCAAUUGUGCCGAGAGACUUUUCGGCGGCUUCGAAGAAACAGUGGGUAUCACCAUUGUAGAAGAAGAUCGAAGUGAGAUAUUCAAUUGGAUCAGGAAAACAUUGACGGCAGAUGAAAAAUUGAUUGAAGACGUCAAGUCACCAAAGCUAAGCUUUACCAAGAAGGACUUUUGUCGAACAAUCUCCUCCUUGUGGCAGACAGAUCAUCCUCGCUUCAUACCUGGCUUGCUAAAAGUCACAAUCUUGCUGACUCUUCAGCUGUUUCUAUUCACCGGAGCAAGAAUUGGAGCUUUUAUUCCAGCUCAUGAGAACAAAACAGAAAGAGGCCUUCGUUACAAGGAUAUAGAGCUGGUUCUAUUCCCUUCUUCUACAGCCCCCUGGAAAGUAGAAUGGAAAGUGAAUCAAGUUUGGUUAAAAAACAAUCGAAAUCCGAAGUAUACAGUCUUUGGAAUUGGGAUCCGAGAUUCGAGAAAGCCACAGUUCGCAGCCGGUUAUAUUCUACUGGCGCUUGCGCUCAACCAUGGCGCCCUUUUUGGCAUUGAGUCCGUAGAGGACCUAGCUCAAUUUGACCUUUCAAAUGGACCAAUCCCUUUACGCUGGAAAGAUGAUUAUUUAGAGAAGCCUGUUCUCAGACAUGUCACAGCUGAUGGUCCACAAGACGUGCCCCUCACAAAAACAGUGUUUUGUGAGUGUCUACGUGUGAUAUUGACUGCCGCUGGGUACACCAAAAGACCAACUGUGCAUAACAUUCGCAAGAGCCUCGGGAAAGUGAUCGAAGGCAAGUAUGGCUCGGCCUUGGUAUCUCAAAUCUAUGGACACAAAGGCCCAGGAACCUAUGCUAAAGACUACGUCCUGCAUUGCUCUUCAAUCAACACAGUUGCAGCAGUUUUGAAUGAGGAUCCAGAUGCAGGAGGAGGAUCAGACCAUAUUGAGUAUUUUCAAGGGUUUGACAGGUAUUAUGAGCCAGGGUUACCAAGCACACUACCAGCUGAAAUCGAGCAAAGCCUUCUGAAGAAGCCUGAGUUGAAGGAGAUCAAAGAUCGAAUUGAGCAUCUUCAGAGCCACAACGACGAUAAGGGUCUGAUAGCUUUGGAGAGAAUGAAUUAUAAGAAGUCUCUGCUCAGAAGUCGCCUAUCCGAGCUCAAGGAGUAUCAGAAGCGUUGGGUGCGGGAAAGACGAGACCAAAGGAUCCUCAGCAGGGGAAAAGAAGGUUUCUUGGCGCAUGGAAAUGAUAUUACCACACGCACCCAAGCUUUAUUAAUGCCGGAAACCGCUAGAAUUGCAACAGCCAUGUCUUGCACGAAGGAGCAGUCGUUUGAAGAAAUACUUCUCUUUGUGGAAGAUCUGAAGACGCAAUGUGCUCGUGACUUUGAUGUGGUUUAUCUUCCGGGCGAAAGCCCUGUUCAAGGUUCUUGCCCAGCUAGACAUUGUCAAAUAGUUAUAACAAGUCUUCCGAAGCAUGAGCGAAGCAUCCAUAUUCACGAGUGUGUUAAACGACAAAUUGCCUUUGAUCUUCAGGUUUCCGAAGAAAGUCUAAGAUUUUGUUACGAGUGCAUGGAAUGGAAUUUAGAAGAUCAAUGGCUGGACCACUGCCAGGCUCAUCUCCAGGCAUGGAAAACUCGACAUUGCGAACUGAUAAUAUAUCGCCACACAAUCACUCGCCCUGGCUAUUGUCCGUUUUGCCUAUGGGACGAAGAGCUCGCCGCGACAGAUCGAUUGCACUACUGGCUACAAAACGGCAAUUUGAGACAACAUAUCGAAACCAUACAUCUUUCUUGCCUUCAGUUCCCCACAACGAAGCCUAUCUGUGGUUGCGUCGAAGUCUUUCAGGAUGAAAAAGAUGUUCGACAUCAUUUGCAUGACGUACAUGGUCUGAAAAAAGCCAUAUGGCUAAACAGCAUUUGCCCCAAAAAACGGAAGCGCUCACCCAAAGAAAAACAAAAAGUUAUUUCAAUUAAAUCUGAAGAUGACCGGCACAAAAGAUUCCGCUUUUGUCAUUAUUCUAAUUUGCUUUGCGAACCCGAGAACAAAUCAUCCAAUGAAAAUUUGAUGACAAUCGAUACUUCGGAUUUGUGCGUCGCGGAACAUGAAAACGAAUUCGAUCGUUCGAGUCUCGGUGAAAAAUUAAUCAAUCUCAGCAGAAGUGGUUCAAUUGUUCCUCGCCUCUUCGCAGAGAGCUCCUUGAUUGAACCGCAGCUAAGAGAACCCGACAUUGAAAUGAUUGAUCCGAGAAUUAUUCACCAUUGGGAGGCAAUGGGCCAAAUUCGGGUGGCGGGUGAAUCGUCAGAUGCCCAUAUUUCUCCAGUCGAUGGAAAAUCCAUAAAUUCUACGUCCUCAACGGGCCCCAUUCGAGAUCUUGUCAUGCAGUCUACGUUUGGG